AUAAAUAUGAAGUAGAAGAAGAAGAAGAAGAGGAAGAAGAAGAAGACGAGGGCGGCGGCUUUAAAUUAACAGAAGAAGAAGAAGAAAAGGACGAGGAAUGAUGGCAACCGACUCGACAUUUUCUAAGUGGGUUUACUCUCACUAUUUCGAAUACACCAGAGAAAUCGAAAAGAACAUUACAGUAAGAUGCACUUUAUGUGCUGGUGGAAGGCCAAGAGAACUGUCAACGGCUAAAAAUAGCACAAGUAACCUCAAGAAACACUUGGAGCGAGUACACAGCAACCAUAAGCUAGAGGCUAAACGGCCUCUUGCUAGCGAAGAGACAGAAGAUGACGGCGCUAGAAAAUCUAAACAGCUCAAGUUGGAUUUCACCAGACUAGCAGUGAAGAUUUUGAACCCAGGAGAUGUGAGAAGGCUAGUAGCUGAGUAUGUCGUGGAGGAUGCGCUGCCGCUUUCCACAAUUGAGUCAUCGGCGUUUCAGAAGCUUAUCAGCAAAAUCCCUGUUGGAUCAAGUGACAAGCGUGUACUGCCAGACAGAAAAACAUUUGCCAAAGAUUUGGACAAAGCCUAUGAAGCGAUGGAAAAAGAGCUCAAGAAAAAGAUUGAUGCCCAAGAUUAUGUGUCUGCAACAGCUGAUAUAUGGAGCGUCAAUAACAAAAGUUUCAUGGGAGUCACUAUUCACUGGAUCGAUGCAGGUACCUUAAAAAGAGAAAAGGCAGCAAUAGCUUGUAGAAGAUUCAGGGGCAGACACACGUACGAUGCAGUUGCAACAGAGUUGGAGGACAUCUUUUCCAGAUACGGACUGAACAAGAAAGUGACUGCAUGUGUGACAGACAAUGGGAGUAACUUUGUGAAGGCAUUCAAGGAGUUUCAAAUAGCAGAACCUGAGUCUGAUGAGGAGCAGGAGGAAGAGACUGGUGAGGUAACCUUUACAGACCUGCAUAAUGUGCUCACCACCACCACUGACGAUGAUGGUCAAACCAUUUGUGAACUGCCCCCCCAUCACCGAUGUGCAGCGCAUACACUAAAUCUAAUUGCAAACAAUGAAGUUGACAAAUGGCUAGCAUCUAAUCCAGACUCGAGGGCUGUGUAUCGUAGUGCUACAGGAAAAUGUGCAGCACUGUGGACAAAGGCCAGCCGUUCCACUGUUGCAUCAGAGUACCUGGAAGAGGUCAGUGAAAAAAAGCUAAUCGUUCCCACAGUAACUCGUUGGAACUCAUUCUAUGAUGCCUAUGCACGUAUCAUUGAAAUGCCCCUUGCCAUCAUCAAUAAGCUUUGCACACAGCUUCACAUUAAAUGCAUGAAUGACAAGGAAUACCAGUUUCUCACAGAAUACUGUUUGAUCAUGAAACCUUUCACCGCAGCACUUGACAUUUUGCAGGGUGAGGACACUUGUUUUUAUGGUACACUUCUGCCAACUUUGGAAAUUCUGAUGGCCAAAACUCGCACAGUUAAAAAUGGUCUAUCAAAGAUGACUGGUGAACUGCCUGACAUCAUUGUAGAGGCAAUCAAGAAGCGGUUUGCUGCAACUCUAGACUCCAAGGAUGCAUUGCUGGCUGCAGUCUCACUGCCGAAGUUUAAGCUCCGCUGGGUAAGUGAGAAACCAAGAAAAGAGUACAUUAAGUUCCUGCUUACUGCAGAAUGCAGCUCCUUGUCAGAGGAACCUGCAGCCCAGAUGCCUGAUCCUCAUCCAGCUGCUGUUGCCACCCCCAGUGAGGAUGAUUUUUUUUCUUUUGAUGCACAGCUCGAUGACUCAAAUGCACCCAUGUCCGUGGAAACAGAGGUAAUAGAUUAUCUCAAGUCUGCCCCUGUGAUGGAAAGCCUGCACCACUUUCCAAGAGUUAAAAAAGUGGCACUCAGGUAUAAUGCUGCAACACCAUCCAGUGCACCAGUCGAAAGACUUUUCAGUGUAGGAGGACUUGUGCUCACCCCAAAGCGAAACCGUCUGGGUGAUGAACGCUUUCAGAAGCUUGUCCUGUUGCGCUAUAACAAAUACUUUAGUAGUAAGGAAUAGUUCUAUAGAGCCUUAUGCUAAGGUCAAGGCUAAAUGCCUUCAGUUGUUGUUUUCUUAAUUAUCAGCUUUUGUUUGGCUGUAUAUUUAGUCUGUUAAGGCUUUGUUGUUGUAUUAAUCGGCUCUUAUAAAAUGUUCUUUGAAAAGUCUUUGUGGGACAGAAAUGAGCCUCAUUUUGAAAUGUUUAAAGUGAUUUGUUAUUUAUGCUGUUGUAAUGCUCUUUUUCAUUACUGCUAUUUCAGGGCAGGAUAUUGCUCAGGUUUUAAAAUACUUAAUUAGAAAACAUAUCCUGUCUGGUGACUGUUAGACCUCAAUCUUGAAGUGCACUUUAUUUUUGGAAUAGAUUCAACUAUUAAGAUAUUUCAUUUCAUGGAAAUGUAAUUUUUUUGUUAAAUCUUUGUUGGCCGCACUUCAUAAUGCCAAGCAAAUAAAUGAGGUGUAGAACAA